AUGGAACUAGAGGAGACUGCACGCCAUUUCAGCCACCAUCAUCCAAUGGAGCGAAGCAACUCGCCUGUUGACGGAGCCUUUACUUGUUCAGGAUGCAAUCUGAAAGUUGUUUGUGGCAAGGACUACUACUGCUGUAAAGUCUGCCCAUUUUUUCUCCAUCAAGUGUGCUAUAAUAUGCCUCGAAAAACGCGGCAUCCCAGUCACCCUGCUCACUAUCUAAACCUCCUGGUAAUGCCUUCAUCGGCUAAAGGCAGCUUCAAGUGUAAGGCUUGUGCACAACAAGUGAUUGGUUUCUAUUAUACUUGUGAAGAAUGUGGGAUUUUUUACCACAUCUUAUGCUCUGCAGUGCCGCUUUCUACUGUAGUUAACUCCCAUUCUCACACACUGAAGCUUGAGUUUUCACUUCCAUAUGACUUUAAAUGUGAUUUGUGCCAAGAACCCGGCUAUAAAGGCUGGCUCUAUAGGUGUCACUCGUGCGAAUUCGAUACACAUCUUGUUUGUGCUAUUAUCAACAGAAAAGCACAAUCUAUUCACCAUCAAUUGGAUCCAUUUCCUGACCCUUUGACUAGGCAAAUUUUAUAUUCUUCAGCAUCAUCUCUGAUCAAAACCAAUCAAAAAAUCGAUUAUAUUAGCGAAAGCAAUGAGUUAAUGCUGUUAGUAGCUCAGAGCAUCAAUGAAAGAAUUAGGCAAAAGCCUGGUGCCCUCCAAAUAAAGCAAGAUAUUGCUGCUGUAACUCCGGACCCUGGAGAAAAUUUAGAACAUCUAGAUCAUUCAAGUUUGCUAUCUGCAGGCCAGAGUACUUUGACAAGCUAUCAAUUCAGUGACUCGUGCUUUUCGAUAGAUAUAGCGAGGUCGUAUUCAAGUUAUGAUCCUCAGCUUAAUCAAGAUGACAAUGAAGCCAACAAUAAAAAUCCUGAAGUUGUUCAUCAGGAUUCUAAGAACAAGAUUAUGCUCAGAAAUGAUUCGAUGCUUGACAGGAUUACAAGCAACUUGGAACCUGGAAAAGUAGAAAAUAAUGAAGCAGGUUUCAAUUUUCAGUACAAGGGUUCACAAAUUAAUCUGCUAAAUAAAUUAUUAAGCCAGAAGAAGAUGAAAAGUAAGAAUGAAACCAGAAGCAGCUCAGGCAAUAAAGAUCAAAGGCGUAUAUCAGAAACAGGUCAAUUGACUCUGAGUCGUGACAUAUUUCCUAGUUUAAAUGUUACAAUCAGAAAGAUUUACGAGGAUGGUGGGGUUGAUGCUUUUUAUGCUGAUAUUGUUCAGUCUAUAUGCUUGAAUGAUAGAAGGCUGAAUCAAAGUGUUUUUGAACAAGACCCAGUUCCAGAAAACUCUGUGACAUCAGGACGAACCGACCCAGAGGAACGCACACUUUUUUCACAGAGUUUUCUUUCUUCCAGCCACUGUUCAGAGAGGAAGAAGACGCCCAGGAGAUUGACAGCAAAGAAGAGAAGACGCUCAGAAGACUAUUCCGCAUAA